UUACCACACCUCACCAUCGAAGGGACACAUGUUCGGUGACUUGUCCUGAGACAUUCUUGGUUACAUUGAGUCAUUGACAAUUCACAUUGAGUCAUUGACAAUUCACAUGGGGCGCACACGUCAGGGACUUAAUUUUUACCGAGAAUAUUACGGGGUCAUGUCAUCGAAUCUGGGUCUCCGCCAAAGGCUCAGCCGUCUAUACUCUAUUGAACUCGGAACCAAAUCAUUUGCAGUCGACUCUAGAUGAACUCGUCGCUGACAUGUGGGCUCAACCUCCUUUGGGCCCAUGUGUCAGCCACGACUGCACGAGACAGUAGACUAGAGGGAUCCCGAUCCAUUGAACUCCUCUCCUCCUGUCGCCAGCUCCAUAGCCUCCGCUCUUGUGAGAUGGAGAGUGGAGACACCGAAGAUCUAUCCAUGGUUGGAUUGGUUGCUUCUGUUGGUGAUGAUCCCCAACUCGCUCUUUCUCCUUCCUCCUCUUCGAUACAUUCGGUUUUUGUUGCGGAUUUGUUUGCUGUUGCGCGCUGGAGUACAGGAAAUUGGAAAGAUGGGUUUAAGUGUAAGGUCACCGCGCGGUCCGCGCCGGUGUGGUGGCGGAGCCGGAGCACGCGAGGCGAGUGCUCCGACGGGGCCAUUCCUUCCCGCUCACGGUGGCUGAUGAUCGCAUCGGGAACGGCGGGGGAUGAGGAAGGAUGCCGUUGGCGCCUCGGAUCUCCGCUUUCUCGGGGGGCCAUCCCCCGCCGCAUCGCGCGUGCCCCGUCGGCUCUGGCAUGGAGGCCCGUCGCCUCUUCGGCAGCCGCUGAUGCCGCCGCGCUCGCGGCGCAUGCGGCGGAGGGGGGGGGGGGGGGUUGGGGACCCUACGGCGUAACGGGCCUCUGGCUCCUCGCGCCGGCACUAGCCGAUCUCCCCGUCCGUCCCCUCGGCCUCAACUCUCGUCUCCUCGCAAUUUCGCCUGCCCGCCGGUGCCGGUGUCCUGCUGCUUCCUGCUGUUGUAUCCUCGCUCGCUCGUUCGUCGCCUCGCCGACUGAUUGAUGAUGGUGUCUGAAGAAGAAUGGUGCCAAUUGUUGUCAUUGUGAACGUUAAGGUGGGAAAACUUAUGUUCUUGUUUUCUCGUCUGAGUAAUUUUGUUGGGCUUGCAGCAAUGGUUCUGGCUCCAGAAAGGUGAUUUCUACUGUACUUUUUACUUUUGCAGCAUCUCGUUUUCGCCUUGCCUCUUACUACUAUGUGAUUCGCAGAUAGUUGCGGUUGAAAAUCUGUUCAAACCGCAUAUAUUCGAAUUUGUUUAUAGCUUGUGCUUCAGAUCUGAUCAAAUUUCAAUGUAUUUAAUUAGUAUGUGUAUUAUGUUAGUAAAAUACGUGAUACUAAAAUGGGAGUGCUAUGUUUUUUACUGGCGGAAUGCGGACAUUGAACCUACUAUGGGUUCCGUUCCAACGUAGUCAUGGGCUGGUUUUGAGUGGGCUGGCCAGGCUGGCCCGCUAGUCCACUGCCAUUGGACAAGCCGGCCCAGGUGGCCUGCGAGCCACCCCAUCCGGACACGUGGGACGUGCACUCGCCACGUGCACGUUCCCCUUCUGAGAGCCGUACAGUACAGGUACUCCUACAUGGCUACGGCCACCGCUUCUCCCUCCCGAG